CGCUGACGAGAAAAGUCCUGCGUAAAACGUGCCAAGACGGUUCCAGACAUGGAGAAAUCAGUCAGGUUCGCUGUGGUGUGCGUUGGAGUGUCUCUGCUCAUCUCCUGCUAUUCAGUCGAAGCCUGGUACAAGCAGACCACCGGUCCCAGUUACUACUCGGUUGGUCGCGCCUCAGGUUUGCUGUCCGGUAUCAGGAGGUCACCGUACGUCCGGAGAUCCGACUCCGAGGAGACGCUGAUAGAGAGCGGAGAGACAGUCGGUAACAACGUAAUCCCGGAGAGUUCCAGGCAGAUCUCCAUUCUCAAAAGCAUGGCCAUCUGCGUGAAGGACAUCUCUCCAAACCUGAAGAGCUGCGAGCUGAUGCGGGACGGGACGGGCACCUUCCAGUGCAAGGCGGACGUCUUCCUCACUCUGGACUCCCUGGACUGCCUGUCCGCGUGAGUCUCGAUCGGACUCGUCCUCCGCAGAAUCCCGGGAGCACUGCUGUGGAAACCGGAAAAAAGGAAAGAAGUAACGAGGAUGCAUGAGUGUGAGGGUUUGGUGGCGACUCCCGGGAAAGACCCACAAAUUGUCAAUGACGGACCGCUGCAGACUCUGAAUGUUCUCUUAUUUAAAACCCCCAACAUUGUUCAGUUUUGCUUUUGUUGCGUAGACAUGAGUGUAAAAGAAAAAAACAAGAAAAACAUCGGUGUGAGAGAUGUUCGCUCAAGCAGUUUUCUUCCCAAAUUAUUUCUCAUCUUUAGUGUUUGAACCCUGACAUUUACCUGUGUUGCCAAACUGUAUUAAAUAUACGAGAAGUCGA